UCUUUGGCUGGUGCGGACGUACAAAUAAAUUCUCGUCGUUUGUUAGAAAAGUGUAAGCCAGGAAAGUGUAGAGCGUCUAAAAGUUGUACGUGGAUUAGGAAUAUCAACUGUUCGACCUUAAGUAGUGCGCAGCUAGAUUUAAUGCAUUCCUCAACUAGAGCGAGAGAGGUUGAUUGCGUUGUCUUUAAUAUUGAACUCGAACUCUGAAGCGUUGAAACGUUGAUCGUGACUAGUUCCUCGAGGACGGAAGAACAGUAUAAAAUCGUACGAGUUGUUGUUGUGCUGUUGGUGUUUCAACAAGUAUUGGGAAACCAAGGAUAUGAUCAUUUGCAGAAAUUAUUUAAGUGGCAUUUUGAACUAUUCGAGUACUCCACGCGGUCAGAGUUCAGUCACCUGCUUGUACAUGUACCAUUUAGUGCGUUAAGUGAACCUGCGAAAAGCGAAAGUAGAAAUUUCCUUGGUGACUAAAAAUAUCCGCCGAGGGAAAAUACAUUUUGCCGGUUUAGAGCACACACAACUGGCAGCAGAAAAAUGUGCUGUUCCUUCUUCCCCGUUCGGCUCAUCUAAAUAUAUAUAGAUUUAUGUUUGGAUGGUAAGUGAAGUGCGUGUUUCGAUGCCUGUAAGAGGAAGCAGAUCAGGAAUCAAUUGCAGCGUGACUGUCGUCAUGCGUUCGCGCGAAUUCUGCUUCGCCGCAUAGAAAUGCAAGGCGUAUCAUCAUCGCCACACCACACGUCCUAUGAGGAACCUCAUACACACAGUGAUUUUCAUACAAAUGGUUCUCUGCAGUGCGAACGACUGUGGCAUUCUGAGAAUAAUGCUCACAUGGCAUGUGUAUGAUAGAAAGGAAAUAUAUGUGUGCUGAAUCACAACACACAUCACGGAUAUGCGGUUGCUGAAUAUAUGCCAUAUAUUAGAUUAUUUGAAGAUAACAAUCUAUCUGUUUUACUGUCAUUUGAAAAUGCGUAAAGAAUCAAAUGCUGUAUUUUGUUAGAUUUCUUUUAUUAUAUCUCAGACUUGCAAAAUAAAAGACUGUCAUAGCAGAGUAGUUAUUUUGCUGGAGUAAUUCUAGGUCCAGUUACUUAUUCACUGUUCUAAUUUUAGAAAAGCUUGUAAAAAUUAUCUUGCCGGUACAUUAUAUUGUCAAUCAAAACAAUAGACUCCUAGGAACAGGAAUAGGGAAUAAACAAAUUAUUGAGUUAAUUUAUCAAACGUGGCAUCGAAGUGGAUCAGUUAUUGGAAAAUUCUUUUUCAUAAACCAAAUAACACCGGAGGUGGACAAGAAACGAUACUACUUCAGAGUGAAGCAUAAUAAGCAAAACCCGGCAGUUGCAGAGACGCGUUCCGUAACGCUAAACUUUAGUAGCUACAUUGAAUGCUGUAGGACGCGGAUCGUUGGCGGAGCACGCAGUGAGAAGCUAACUUUGGCAGUUGUACCUAUGGUGGAAAUCCGCAUUCGGCAGGGCAGAGCAUACCGAGAAUCGUGUCGGUUCAAAUCGAAGUGGAAAAUGAUCGUGAAAAACUGAACCGUUUUCUUUUUGUUUGUACGCGAGUGUUUGCUGCAGUACGUACGCGCGAGGUGCCAAAACAGAAACAAAUGUAUACCGAAUUUCGAGAGGAAAUAUUAAAAACGUAAUCCCAUCGGAGGCACGUAAUUUGAUGAGAAGAAUUUUGGUGCGACGACGAAGCUGAUGAAAAUGAUGCUGACGAUGAUGAUGUUGAUGACGACGAGAAGCUAAAUAAGUCCGGUUAGCAGAGGCAAAAGUAUGUUUGUGUGUGCGGAGAUGAAAAUCUUGGCGCUUCGUCUUUGGCUGCCAGUGUGAGAUGCAUUCUGAGCCGGUCGGGAAGCGUUUUGUGAAAAUACUGAAUAAUUUACUGCGUCGAAAUGCUUGUUUACGGCAACGGUCGUCCCGUGUCCGUGUAGAACGGUUUGCUACAGUUCCAGUAGUGCAAAAUGAAAUUAUUUGUUGUGCUAAUUAACCUGGUGCUGUGCUUUAGUCUGGCCUAUGAACGAGUGGAAACCAGGACCGACAGUGAAGAGAAUCUUUUAGGCCAUGGUGAUUUGUUGAGUGACCGGAACGAAUAUUUGAAAAAAUCCAUCGCCGCUCUACUGGCUGACGAUGGAAGCCAGAUAUAUCCGUCCAUGUCAAAUGACGGCCCCUUCGCGGACUACCGGCAAAGCCAACAGGAACAGUACGGUGGCAGUCAGAGCUACCGCAAACCGACGGUUCAACGAGUGCACAGUGUUAGUUACGAUCCGCGCGAUGGCACCCCAUAUACCAGAGAGGUAGCAGUGAAGCAGGGUCGGAUCAAGGGUGUUGUUCGGGUGAUGCAUCCACAGUCCGGGUUAAAAAAUGUCGACCAGUACCUGGGAAUACCGUACGCUGAAGCACCGGUCGGGUCACGCCGUUUUAUGCCUCCUGGUGCUCCGAUACCCUGGACCGGACUCAAGAUGGCUAUCAAAAUGUCGCCUGUUUGCCCGCAGAAUCUGCCCACCUUGAAUAAUGUAAAUAACAAUUACUCCAAAGGCAGAUAUGAUCAACUGAAAAGACUGCUUCCCUAUCUGAAGGUUGAGAGCGAAGACUGUUUAUAUUUAAAUCUUUACGUGCCGAGCUACGAUGGAAUUGGACCACAGACCAAAUAUCCGGUAAUUGUGUACAUUCACGGUGAGUCGUACGAGUGGAAUAGUGGGAAUCCGUACGAUGGCUCCAUUCUCGCUAGCUACGGCCGGGUCAUCAUAGUAACGCUUAACUUCCGGUUGGGAAUUCUCGGGUUUAUGAAACCGGGCAUUAGUGAUCACACUACAAGUAAUUUCGGUUUGCUGGAUCAAAUCGCAGCUUUACAAUGGAUAAAGGAAAACAUUGGCGCAUUCGGGGGAGACCACAAAUUGGUAACAGUGAUGGGUCACGGAACGGGAGCUGCAUGUGUCAACUUUCUGAUGGUUUCACCUGUUGCCAAGGGACUUUUUCAUCGUGCCAUCCUACUGUCGGGAUCCGCUCUUUCGGAUUGGGCGCUCACACAGCAUCCGCUGCAAUCGACAAUGCAAGUGUUGCAAGGACUGAACUGUCCCUUGAAUGGUGACAACGAUGAGGUUGCUGCUUGUCUACGUAGAAAACGGUACAGCGAAAUUUUGAACGUUAAAAUAGCGUCGCCGCAAUUUUCAACGCGAUUCGGACCGAUUGUAGAUGGGUUGGUGAUUCCAAAUACACCCCACAAAGUGAUGGGUCAAUACAGUGACAUAUUUAGUGGAUACGAUUUGCUGUACGGAAUGACCGAGUUGGAAUCAUACAACAUCCUGAAUGCUGUCGCGUUGGCGUAUGGGCUGCUAGAGAACGAACGUGACAAUUUACUGCGGUUUUAUAUGCAGAACCGUUUCGAAAUUCGCCCGGAUCUGGCACUGGCCGCCACGCUUAGCGAGUACACUGGCAUCCUUACCGACCCGAACAAGUCGCUGGCGGAUAUACACCGUGACACACUGCUAGACAUCCUGUCCGAUGCUCGGGUGGCUGCUCCGAUGGUGCAGACAGGGCUCUAUUUGUCCAAGGUUAAUCCCAAAUGCUAUAUGUACGUUUUCGGCCACAACAGCGAGGCAGGGGAAUACGGACGGCUUUCACAAAGCGUGGUAGGAGAAGAUUUGGCCUAUGUGUUUGGUGCUCCGCUCGGACAGGUGGGACCCUUCCAAACGCAUUACAAUGCACGCGAGCGUUUGUUCUCCGAAGCAGUUAUGAAAUAUUUUUCAAAUUUUGCUCAAACAGGUAAUCCCAAAGCACCCUGGAAGGACUUAUUUCUCAACAUGAACCCAGAGGAGUGGCGCUACUACGAUGUUGACUGGCCAGAGUUCAACAGUGUUAAUCAAAGCUUCCUUCACAUGGGAUUGACGCCCGUUGUUAGCCGCCAUUACCGUCAGCAAUAUAUGAAAUUUUGGAACCAGAAGCUCCCCGAAGAGCUAAAACGCAUAACCACUUCGAAACCGUAUUCGUCCUAUUCGGAAUUUCUUGGCACACCCGAUCGACGAAUGACGACACCCAAUCCGGAAUUCAUCACCGGCCAUAUCAAUCUAUUUCCGAUCAAAGUUGAUGUUGAAAAGCCCACCGAAGACUCAUUUAAAGCAUUGGUCUAUCGCAUGAAGGACUCGCAUACUGGCGGGAGUCCGGGCAUGUAUAAUGCACCAGCAGCUUCAGUGGGCAUCCCGGCAGAGGCACCCUCUAAAGAAAAACCAGAACCGGCCAAUGUCGAACAGGAAGUGGAUGGGUCGGAUAUGAUGAAGACAGAAGCGUCACUGAAGAUGCUGAUUGCAGUGGCAAUUGUUUUUCUAUUAUUCAACAUUUUCGCUAUUGUUGGAUAUGUCAUCAAACGCCAUAUUGGCAGCAGGAAGGAGGAGAGGAAAUUCAAUGAUAACAUUCUAGAGAGCGCUGCUUCGAUAAACGACAAACGAUCAAAGUUAAACGAUGCCGAUGAGAGCUAUAUUUUGGAUAUGAUGAGAAAAUCUAAUCCCUACGAGCCGAUGGUGAAGGCGAACAAUUUUACUUUACCAAGACAAUUCAGUGGCGAUAUUGUGGACGCCCAUACUAAGGUCUGUGACUGGAUAGCGCAAGACUAUGGAACAGUUUGCCCAAACCAACCUCAAUGCGAUAAUGUUGGAACACUUAAAUCGUGUCAAAACGAGAACCAUAGUAUUCCACAGAAAAUUAGUGUUGCAAUUGAUGCUACCCCACAAGCUAGGAGCAAUAGCGUUCUGCGGCAAGAGCCGAUUGAAAUCACAAAAGCCAAAUCUUUCGAGUAUGCUUCACCGGAUGAUUACGAAGAAAGUGUAAGCCCAGACUCACCAUGUGAUUCUGAACAACGACAGCAGUGUUCUAGCUCAGGAUCAUCAUAUUCUUAUAGUGAUUGCGAUUACAAAAUUGAGCCGAAACAUUCGAAAUCCGAUCGAAAUCCGAUUUACAACAAUUACCCUUACCAGGCUGAGGAAGUUACAAGUUUUAUCGAAGCCGGUGAUAUAAACGUAACUUCAAGAGAUAAAAGUGAGGAGAAAGACCCACUUUCCCCAGAAGAGGCUCUAAAAGUGAUUCAGCGCCGAAAUUUUCCCAAAGUCCUUCCGGAUUAUCCAAACGGAAUGGCGGGAAUAUCAGCGUCCAUGAAACGGCGUUCAUUGCCUCCACAAGCCUUUUUACUUGGCAGUUGUAAUAGUUUGCGGCGGGAAAGCUCUCGUCUCGUACCUGCACCUCCACCAAGGAUCUCGUCAACAUUGGGAAGACGUUCAUCGAAACACAGAGCCAGCAACAAUUUCUUGAGUUCGCCACCCAUGAUGGCCGAAGAACCUCCGAUUGAGGAGGAGCCACCAAUUUCACUCAACACUUUACACGUAGGACCGUUGCUGCCAAAGCACCAAGAAAACACUUACGUAACAAUGUCUCGACAAAACUCAGUCGACAGGGAACCGGCGCAGCCGCUAGAAGAACCGGCAGUUGAUAUAAUUUGUAUAGAACACAAGCCCGAGAGUCAUUACAGCUACAUUAAACCACCCAGUGCAGUUAAGCCUCAAUCGUCAUUUAAAUCGUCUCCAUCGAGGGACUUGAACCGACCAGAAAGUCGAACUGAAGCUCAGUCAGAGCUUUCCGCGCUACCAUCAAUCCAUCGACCCGGUCCCAGUGCCUUACGACGGGAACUCAGUUCCGAUUCAUCCGCCACCGAUACCACUUCGAGUAGUACCGGAACCAUUAAGCAGCUGUAGUAUGUAGAUGAUGAGCUUUAAUUUUUUGUACACGUCAUCAGAAAACCAUACAAUGAACAGCACCAAGUGAGAGGAGGGGAAAAGAGAAGUUUAUUACACUGCAAAGUAUUUAUUUACCAAAGCCCACUACUUCCGCUCACGUCCAAACUAUUGACAACAAUAUUCCGAUCAACUAUUUAUUCAAGUGUAAACUUUCUACUGUCAACAGUGUCGAACUUAUAAUAUAUUUACGGUUAGUGCUUGCGCCUGAUAUCUCCAGAUGUUGACUAUCAGCAGUCGGGAUAAUUAUUUUUCUAGAGAUUAUUAUUACACAAUACGUCGCUUAUUAAGGGCGACAUCAGAAUAAAUACUACACAUAACGGGAUUUUUAUAUAGAGUAACACAGA